CAAAAGUUGAAAAAUACCAGCUCAUUCACUUAUGACUCAUGAGUAACUUCUUCCUUAUAAAUUCAAAUUGUUCACAACUUCCUUGAGUUCCAUUUCCGAACACAAACACACAUCAUACGUAUAUUUGUCACUAAUAAACAUAUAAAGGAAUAUGAGAAUCAGCUGCAACGGGUGUAGGGUUCUACGCAAAGGUUGCAACCAAGAUUGCACCAUUCGACCAUGCCUUCAAUGGAUCAAAUCCGCAGACUCUCAAGCCAAUGCUACACUCUUCCUUGCUAAGUUCUACGGUCGAGCCGGUCUUCUUAACCUCAUCGAAUCCGGUCCUGAUCACCUUCGUCCCGCAAUAUUUAGGUCACUUCUGUACGAGGCUUGUGGUCGGAUCGUGAACCCUGUAGAUGGUUCGGUUGGUUUGAUGUGGUCAGGGAACUGGGCUCAGUGCCAAGCAGCUGUUGACGCCGUGCUCAACGGCUUACCCAUAACUCACACACCUCUUCCAAGUGCAUCCGCGUCGCACCAGAUCAUUCCUCCCCACAGGACUUACGAUAUACGCCACGUGGCUAAAGAUCCAACAACCGGCGGCGACAGUUCGGAGAAUCUGGCCACACGUGUAAACGCUAACAAGAGCAAGACGCAAACUGGCCGAUUCAAACGUGAAUCCGUGAACCAACUAGGUGAAUGUAGUCAUGACAUGUGGCAACUCCCAAGUUCUAGUGCUACGCAUGGUUAUGGCCACUUCACGUUGGAGAAUGUGGAGAGCCGAAGGGAAGCUCCAUUUAAUCAAAGUUCUCCAAAUCUUGGGUUUGAUGAUCAAGUCGAUAUCAACGAGGUUGGCUUAGAGCUCAGACUUGGUUAGAACCAGAAGAUUGCAUUAUUAUUAUCAUAAUUCUGUCUUUUUAAUUAAUAAUUUCACUUUCUAUAUAAAAGGAGAAAAAAAAACUAAAGCAAAUCAAAUUUAGUAUUAUUGUCAAUCAUUAGGUUAUCAUAAACUCACUCUGUUUCAAAUUAGUUUUUUUUUUCUCUUUUGUCCUUAAUUAAUAUAUUAUUUUAUAUGAUAUUACUUUGUUAUGAAUGAAAAGCCAUGCAGGACUAAAUACAAUUAUUUCAUUGUUUCUGAGUAAUAAUAUCUGAGUGCCCACUUCAAACCAGCUCAGAAGCGAAAGAGUGUCCCCAGCAGCUCGAAUCGUAUGACACUAUGACUAAGGACCAAACACGUUAAAGCACAAACCCUUAACUUGUUUUUUCUAUCAAUUCAAAAUUGUCAUCAUUAAUAUGUCCAAAGGGCCUCACGAUCCAAGAUAUUGAAGGAUAUUUUCUUCUAAAGUGUUGCCAAAUCAUAUCUUGGAUAUUUUCUU